AUGGAAACAAAAAUUGAUAAGAUAUUUGUAACGUCAGCAGACCCUGCCGUAGUUACUAAUAUUUCGGCAUCAACUGAAGCUAAAGAGGAAGAUAGCAUUAAGUUGGAAUGUUCGUUUGAUGGAAAUCCACUACCCGAAAAUGUUAUCAGUUGGAGAAAAAAUGGAAUUCAUCAAAUGCAAUAUCUAUUGGAAGGGAAGAAAUCUUAUUUACUUAUAAACAAUAUCAGUAGAAAUGAUUCUGGUGAAUAUUCAUGUAUCGCUAACAAUGGAAUGGGAAAAGAAUCAAUAAAAACAGUCACAUUAUCUGUACUACAUAGGCCAAUAAUUCGACGUUUUCAAAUGAAAUCAAAAGUUGCAAGCGAUCUGAAAGGCAUUGCAAAAUUUCGAUGCAUCGCUGAUGCACCUUCGUCUUCAAAUACAUCCAUUAAUUGGUCGUACAAAGAAGAGUUGAUAGAGAAAAGUACCAAAUACGAAUUAGUAAAUUCUGUAAAAAACUCAUCUUGGGAAAGUACAUUGUUAGUAAAAAGAUUAGAAGAAUCGGAUUUUGAUUAUUACAGUUGCAUUGCAAUUAACUUCCUAGGAAAAGACACUUUUCAAUUCUUAUUAGUAAAAAGAGGUCCUCCAGAAACACCUGUAGAUUUACAAGCAUUCAACGUUAGUAACAACUACAUAUUUAUUACCUGGAAACCAGGUUUUGAUGGUGGCUACGUUCCUUCUUUUCGAAUCAGGUAUAAGCAACUGGGAGUUGAAAAAUAUUUCUUUCAAGAUGCCACAACAAUGAAACAUCAACACAAAAUUAUCGAUUUGAAACCAGGAACUGAUUACUUUAUUGCUGUUUCUGCGUGGAAUGAUGUAGGGCAUAGUAAUUUUACCUCUGAAAUAAAAGUCAGCACUACAGAUAUAGCAGUUAUGGAUUCUCUAGUACCUGUCACUGGGAAGAAGAGCAAAAAGUUAUCAGGAACUUCAAAGUGGUGGUGGAUAUGUGUUACAAUUGUCGGAACUCUCCUGGUGUUAGUUAAUGUGAUAGUUGUGAUCUGUCUGAUUCACAAGGGUAAAUGCUGUCUCAGAUCGAUCGAAG